CUGUGCCCGGGUAACUCAUGGAUGUAUCCGAGCGCUCCCACAUGACAAAGCUACAGCGCGUCUGGAAACCAGGAACGGAGCACGGACGUUUUUUUGGUGUCGGGAGCGAGAAACCGUCGACAAGAUCCAUUCUGCAUCUUUUACCUGCAGCUCGGCUCGGCUCGGCUCGGCUCGCUUACUAACAACUUCAGUGACCGGUUUUUUAAUUUCUUGUGAUCAGAGAGGCGGGCAGCUUCCCUCUGUUUCUCCAAGUGAACUUUAUAGGGAUGUUAUAUGAGAGCAUCACCGCGCUGAAUGCCCAGAUAGUGCUUGAGUAAAGUGUAGGACGGAUGUGGAGAGACUCCUCUUCUUCUUCUUCCAACACUACUUUUUGUUCGGUUUAAUACACAGGAGAAAAAAGAGAGGGAGUGUGUGCAGGAGAGCGACACAGACACAGACACAGAGAGAGAGAGAGAGAGAGAGAGAGAGAGAGAGAGAAAGAGAGAGAGAAGUGGCACAGGUUUUUUGGAGCUACGCUUUCAUGCCGUCAGUCUUGCGGACUCUGAGAUGGACGUCAGAUUUUAUCCAGCUCCCCCUUCAAGCGUGGGUUCAUGUACGUUACCGACUGACUCUGGUUUGGACUAUUACCACUCCAACAAGAGCAGAUACGGUGCUGCAGAUCGAGGUGUGAGGCUCUACAGUUCCCUGCCCAUGCGCCCAAACCCUGACGGCAAGAGACUGCCCUCUACUGGGUUUGAUGGUGACAACAUGUACAUGAAUGAAAACAACCAUGAGUUCCUCCCGCCCAACCAGAACUACACAGGUCAGACCGGCGGCGGCGGGGGAGGAGGCGGAGGUGGCGGAUCGGGCAGUGGAAACGGAGCCGGGGACGAGGACUACGAGAUCCCCCCCAUCACUCCACCUAACCACCCCGAGCCUCCUCUUCUUCACCUGAUGGAGCAUGACUCUACAGGCUACCUCUGCCACUCGCUGCCACACAAUGGGCUCAUCAACCCGUAUUCCUACCCAGAGCUGCCCACACUCAUGAUGUCUAACAUGCUGGCGCAGGACAGCCACCUCGUCUCCAGCCAAAUGCCCUCGAUGCAGGAGAUGGCUUUGCACCACCACCAACAGCAACACCAUCACCAGCACCCAGACGGCGCUCAUUAUAACCACCCCCUGAUAAACAGCUCACCUCCGAUUCUGCCCAACCCCAUGAGUGCACUGACCCAGCUAAACCCUCAGGUCAGCCGGAGUGCACUGCCUCAUGGCUCCCCCUCACCUCCCGGAAGUAAAUCGGCCACACCCUCCCCCUCCAGCUCCAAUCAGGAAGAGGAGACUGAUCCUCAUUCGAAGAUGGUCUUCCAGAUCACGGGCGAGAAGCGGCCGUCUUCGGAGAUGAUGAAACCCAAGCCCAAGCCCCAAAAAAAGAAGAAGAAGAAGGAUCCCAAUGAGCCUACGAAGCCUGUGUCAGCCUACGCCUUGUUCUUCAGAGACACCCAGGCAGCCAUUAAAGGGCAGAAUCCCAACGCCACCUUUGGAGACGUAUCCAAGAUAGUGGCCUCCAUGUGGGACGGACUGGGAGAGGAGCAGAAACAGAGCUACAAGAGGAAAACAGAGGCUGCUAAGAAGGAGUACCUGAAAGCCCUGGCCGCCUACAGAGCCAGUCUGGUUUCCAAGACAUAUAACGACCCCGUGGAGACAAAAAGUGCCCAAACAAGCCAGGCUUCUCCACAUAUGAUGCCAGCCAACCCGCCCCUGUACAGCGUGCCACCUCCCCCCCAGCCGUCGUCGCCCUACCUGGGGCCCGGGGCCUUCCCACUCACCGACCUGCAGAGCUACGCAGGACACGCCCCUCGCCACACCCUGUCGCAGACGCUCAGCCAAUCGCAGAUGCUGCCCAGCAUUAGUGCCUCUCCCCCUUCCUCCUUCCAGAUCAGCCCACCCCUUCACCCCCACCAGCAGCUCUCCCUGCACCAGAGCUCGCUCCUCAACCAGCCUAUCCGCAUGCAGCAGGUCCAGUCCCAGCCAAUCAUCUCUCACCAGAUGGGGCUGCAGGCCUCUCUUCACUCCCCACCUCCUGGACAGCAGGGUUUUUCCCACCUCCAGUCAGAGUAUCAGAAGAGCAUUGGGGGUUCCCAGUCUCCAGGAGCCCCUGGCCCCGGUCCAGGCCCUGGAGUGGCUCAGAGCCACGACUGGGACAGUGAAUACUGCAAUCGGGAGUGUGGCAACCACUGCAGUGGCAGCAUGAUUGGCAGGGACAAGCCACUCUACCUCACCUGAAACUGAAGAUCAUGCUCUGUCGACAAAUACGACACCGAGGAGUCUACUCUCACCCCCCCCACCCCACCCCCACCCCCACCCCGACCACCACCCCCACAUCCCCUCAACCCUCUUCUGAUGCACACACACAGUUACACACAGUUCACACUUAACAUACAGAAGCAUACAUGCAAACACACACACACACACACACACACACACUCCGCCUCCCGAGUCACCACCGCCACCUUUUUUUGUCAAUGUAAUUAUUAUUUCUCUCAGUUUCUAGAAGAAUUUGUGACCAGAGUUUUUUGACUAGAUGACUGCUGUCUGUACCACUUAAUGUAUUAGCAGUCCUCUCGCUGUUUAAAAUUUGCCAAGCACUUAUUAAGGGCCCCCUCCUCUUCCUCCCCCUCCCCUCCCGUGCCCACCCUCCUCUCUGAGCAGUGCGUCUACGCCCUCACCGAUACAAGCCGGGCUGUAGAGCACUCCUCUUCUGUGUCACCAUCAAAGUCCCCUCAGGGACCCCAUCCAGCUUUAAUUAGAAUGAGAAGAAAAAAAAUACUCUUCCUCUUCUUUAAUCAUUUUAAUUUCCUUUUGUGUUUUUUUUCCCUUUUCUUUUUUGUUGUCGUUGCUGUUUUAUUUAUUUCUGGCUUGCAAAAUUGUUCCUCUAUUUUUUUUUUCUUUUUUUCUUGCCAAUAAGCAUUGGGCCCUGUACUGUAGAAAAAUAUUAACUUCUAGUAGGUUCAGCGCAGGCUUUGAUGUUAUGGUAGCUUUGCUUAAGGGCCUGCAAAUUGAUACAAAAAGCUUGGGUGGGGGAAAGAAACAAAACAAAAAGGAAUCUUUUUUUAAUAUUAAAGACCUGUUGAGGUCUACUGAGCUGUCACAGUGUGAUUGUAAAUAUCACUUUUAUGGGAUCAAAUUGGGAAUUGGAAGUCCAGAUAGAUUUGUUUCUUCUUUAAUAUUACAUGUAAGUCAUUUUGUGUGCGUGAGUGUGUGUGUGUGUGUGCGUCUGGACGUUAGAAUGUACCCCAUUCAUGGCGUGUGAAGUCGAGUGUGUAUGUGUGUAUGUGCACGGACACACACUUGCGUGCGAGAGUGUCUCAGUGUUCGAGUGUCGAGUCUUUCUCGUGAAUUUUAACAGCCUUGUGCAGCUGGAUUUCAGAGGAGUAUUUCACACUCUCGUUCUUGCAUUAAAUCUGUGCUCACUGGUGUGUUUUUUUCCAAUAAAGUUCAAUCUAAAACUGAAUACACAAUAUGUGUCCUGCAGAUCAUUAAAUGGAAAGAGCCAGGUGAGAGAUAGAAAGGAAAGAGAUGGAAGGAGAGAAAGAAACGCUGUGAGAUAAAAUGAGAUAUAAUGUUGCAGGUGGAAAGGAAAAAAAAAAGAAAAGAUAUUGCCUCAAAAUGCACCCCACCCCCCCCUUCCCCCACCCCCACCUCCCUUUUCUUAUUUCGUCUGACCAUAAUGUCAAUUUUGUCUCCUCGACAUGCAGAAGUGAAGUAAUGAAAUAUGUGAAUGGAGCCAUCACAUCCACAUUACGGUGAUUUUUAUAAGUUUCUACUUGGUGUUUGGUUGUGUUGAUCUCAUCUUUUUAACUUUUUGUGUGAUUAACAGAAAUGCAUUUUGCUGACAAAGACAUCUGUAUUUAUCUCUUUACUGUAGCAUAAUUUCAGUUUUAGUUGUUACAGAACUAUAACAUUUUAAGUUGUGUAAAAAAAGAAAAAAAAAACCCUGCCAACUGUAGUUAUUUUAUUUGUAAAGCCAGUAAUGAUAAAUAUUUUAAAUGGUUCUCAAUAUAUUGUUUUUCGCUCUAGUUGCCCAUCAGCCAUUUGACAGGUUUUCUUAUUUAUGAAAGAAACUAGAUCACUUUUUGCUUCUUACAAUGGAGGUGUAUUUUUAUUUUAUUGUUUCCUUUGGUUUGAUAAAAAUGAUGAUGACCACAACAAUGACUUUUGUUUAUUUUUUACAUUUUUUGGGUGCUGCUCCUUUUUUUUCCCCCUUGCCGGCAGCAUCUCUUUGUGUCACAAUGCUUCUUUUAUUUCAAACCUGCAUAAUAAAAAAAGUUUAAAAGUGAA